AUGCCCCGGGCCAUAUUAAGAACAUUGAUGGACUCUUACUUUCUAAUUGAUCCAUUUCCAAACAGCGAUCACUCUAACCUGAAGAAUAAUUGUACCUUCACAAGAAGUUCAACGUUGCCAACGGAGGAGGAGGGAUGGAUUCACAGCUACACUUGUACCAUGCACUUCCUGAUGUUCAUGAGUUCACAAAGUUUCAGACUGAUUCUUGAGUCAAACAUUCAAGCCAACACAUCAUACAGUUGUACUACUGAGAGAUUUCAGCCACGUUGGAACAUCCAGCUGAAAGCACCUUGGCAACUGUCUGUGACAGUGAACUCCACCACACAGAAGGUGAACAUCACAUGGCAGAAUGAUGCAGUAAUAUUUUUGAAAAAUAAUCUGCAGCAUGAACUAGAGUACUGGAACAAAAAGACAAAAGAGGAUGUAAAGGUAAAAAGGAAUGUUAACGAUAUCCGGCAUCUAGUUAUCGAGGAAACGGAACUGGAACCAGACUCUAAUUAUAAAGCAAGGGUCCGCAGCAAACCUUUAGAAAAUGAAAAAUAUAAGGGCAGCUGGAGCAAGUGGAGCUCAGAAAUAGAAUGGAAGACAAAUCCUGCUGGGGACAGUCCUUCCAAGCAGAGCAGCCUGUUGUUUGUUUUGCUGGCUCCACUCUCGUUGGUUGUCAUCAUUUUCGUAUUUCUGUACUUCAGGAUUCACACACGUGUUGUGAAUAAGGUAUGGAUUCAUGUUCCAAACCCAGCCACCUUUUUCCAGCCACUCUACAGUGAACACAAUGGAAACUUCAAGGAAUGGAUCCACAAUAACCAAUCAAUCACUCGGCAAAACCCUGGGGCAUGCUCAGUCCAGGAGGUGAGAGAGAUGAAGAGAUCACUGGAGGGUGAAGCUGACAUAGUGAUUGUGAAUCCCAGGGUUGAAGUUGUUUCUAACAUCGCCUACCUAAAGCCCAUCCCAAUCAAUCACACAUUAUCCCUAAACCCAGACAGCAUCAAACAUAACUUUGAUGCGGAUGCCAAGUAUGUAAAGAGGAAUUAUCACAAUGAGUCCGGCAAAAGUUUUUAUUCCACUUCUAUGCUGGAAUAUUGUGAUAGAAUUUCUGGUUUGAGUGGGAACCUGCCCAUUGUGCCUGCUGAGGGUCAGAAUAGGGCUGAGAGCUGGUUGCUGUUUGAGGACCUAGCUAUUGCUACCUUGUCCAUGGUGCCCCAGGAUCUGGACGGUGGGUACAGUUACAGUGAUGAAUACUGCACACUCUCUCAAUCUGAUACCAGCCAUGGUCUGGUGCCUGCAAAGAUUGGGCUCCGUCUCAAUAUGACCAACGGAUGCCAGACAGAGAAAAGAGAGGUGGCCAUGAGUUUUGAUGGAAUUGAUGGCAGCAACCUACCCUCCAGCAGCAACAGAGAAGCAGCAACUUCCACAAUGACUCCGCAUCCACUUCUCAAGACUCGUGGUUCAUGGUCCCUAGAAGAUGCUGUGAACCAUAGUCUGGAUGAGGGAACCUUUUGA